AGGGGAGGUGAGAGGCGAGGCGCCUUUGCAGUCCCCUCAGAGGCUUGGCACGAUGGAGAUGCCAUUUCUAUCCCAUAAUAACAUUUCCUCAAGGCUUGUAACGUUUCCCCUUUUGGCUCCCUUGAAGGGCUAGGACUAGAUCUCAUGAAAGACAACAUAAUAAUUACGGAAGAUAGAAGAAUUCCAAAACAGAGAGAAUUGAUCAUAUGCUUCUGUCUCCGGCACGCCACGGCAGGUGCGGGAGAGAGAGAGGCUAUGGAUGAGAUGACAUUUCGGAGCGACACUGUGCUGUCUGACGUCCAUAUGCACAUUCCCAGCAAAAGGCAUUUUAUGGUGAGACUGAACACAGUCGGCCAGCCAGUGUUUCUCUCGCAAUUCAGUCUCCUCUUGGAAGGAAGUCAUAGCAAUCUUGAGAAAAAAGAAAAAGACUUUAAAGAAGAAAACAUUAAGUGCCACCAUACAGAUGGAGAAGAAUUGGAAGAGGAAGGGAAUCCUUGUGACCCUGGCGAGGAAGGAAAGGCUUCGGAAGGGAUCGAAGCACUGCUGGACGAAGAUGGCGAUUUGGAGGUUGUGAGAAAGGCCCAGUUGCCUGGCGAAGAAGCUGAGGACCUUUCCAGGGACAAGGUGUGUCCCAUCAUUUUGACGAAAGGCAGAGAUGUCCUGGAAGAGGAAGAGCACGAAAGCGACAGCCGUGACGUUAUUAAAAUAGAGCACACGAUGGCCACCCCUUUAGAAGAUGUUGGCAAGCAGGUCUGGAGAGGUGCGUUCCUGCUCGUGGACUAUAUCCUCUCAGAGCAAGACCUGUUCAAAGACUGCACCGUUCUCGAACUGGGGGGAGGCACCGGGAUCGUCAGCAUUGCUGCAGCAACGGCUGCCAAGACUGUUUACUGCACAGAUGUCGGCGAAGAUCUUCUGGACACGUGUGAACGCAACAUAGCUUUGAACAAGCACAUCACCGAGUCAGCUGGAGGACAAGUUAACGUCAGGGUGCUGGACUGGCUGAAAGAUGAAUUCUGCACCGAUCCUGAUAGCCCCUACAGCUGGUCUGAGCAAGAGAUUGCUGAGCUGCACAACUUCACCACUGUGAUUUUGGCCGCUGACGUAUUUUAUGACGACGAUCUAACCAAUGCUUUCUUCAGUACACUGUACCGCAUCACACACAACUUGAAUAACCCCUGUGUGGUGUACCUUUCCAUAGAAAAGAGGCUGAACUUCACCUUAAGACACAUGGAAGUUGCAUGUGAAGCAUACAGCCACUUUCGAAAUACGCUGGACGGCCUGACAAACAUCAGAGAUGGCAAAAUGAGAUACACCGCCGAGCCUCUUGGCCUCUCCUUUCCCCAGCGUAUUGUUUACGAGAGAGUUGAACAGCUGGAGUUGUGGAAGAUCACUGCGGUUCAGACCUCCAAAAAGAAUAGCGCUGAGGAGUUGCAGAAGUAGACACAGGGACGUUUUUGUUGUUGGGCACAGGACAACUUCCUGGGAAGUGUUGUCCAAAAUACACCCUCUGCGUGGAACCAGGAACUGAAUUGAUCCAGGGUAUGUGCUUAACAGCCAAUUAAAUACACACGUAGCGGC